AUAUAGUCAAAAUCGCACAAAGAUGAAAGUGCUGAUAGUUUUUCUCGUAGCAUACCUAAUCCUGGGCAGCGUGCGUGCGCAGGAUGAAGAUGCUGAGGCUAACGAUGAGAACGAUGAGGCGCACAAUAUUGAGGCAGCCCAAAAUCGCGUGGCCGCACAAAUCGAAGGUCUGCUGGAGCAUUAUAAGCAGGAGGAUCCAGUUGGAGUGCCAGGUGCACCCAUACCGGAUCCAAUGGAUGUGCCCGAUAUGGCCAAGAGUCUGGGCAUGGCUAAUCUGAACAUGUUGAAAGUGAAAGCCUACGGCCUGUCCAAAUUUCGCAUAUCCACCGUCGAUGUGGACUUCAAGAAGAUGAAGGCAGAGGCAGGCAUACAGCUGGACCAAAUGCUGGUCAAGGGCAACUAUAUACUCAGCUCCUUCUUCUCUAAGGCCAACGGACCGUUCACCGUCAUCCUGAAGAAGGUCUAUGUCCGUUGCUCGGUGACGCUCGGGGUGGAGCGCGAUGGCCAUCUGACCACGGAGCACAUUGAUAUGGACAUUACCUUUGGUGAGAUGGCUAUGGAUUUCCAGAAUCUUGGCUUCUUGGGCAGCGUCUUCCAGGGCAUCAUCAAUUCAGCCCCCAAUUUGGUAUUCGAUGCCAUGAAACCCUUUAUGCUGCAGGAGGCGGACAAGCAGAUGCGCGGUGAGAUCAAUACAAGGAUUGAGAAAUUCAUGGGAGAUCGCCGCAUGCCCAAUUCGAUAACCCCACUGGACAGCGCCAUUGCUGGCCUACGCAAAAUGGUCAGAGAGAAGGGCUACGAUCCGUAUCGCUUGGAAGACAAGAAUCGCACCAUGGGCGUCUUUAGUGUACAGCUCACCAACACUUGGAUUACGGGCUGUUCGAGUUUCUAUCGGGUGGGCAAUGUAACUGCCGCCAUGUACAACAACACCAUAUCGAUGCGCAUGCAGUUGGGCACACAACAGAUCACCGGAGCUGGGCAAUGGGAGGUUGGAUUUGGCCUGAUGACUCGAGUGGGUCAUGUUCAGUUCACCGUGCAGCAUAUCCGUGCUACGGUGGAGAUCAGCCAGCCAUUGGACACACGCAAGCGACCACAGAUCAACGAUCUUCAAUUCGACAUGGGCAAUAUUCAGGUGCGCUGCGAUGGAGCCGGCACUCUGGACUAUGCCAUGGAGUUUGUUGUCAAUGUGCUGCCCAAUCUGUUGCGCUACCAGAUCAUGGAUGCCAUCGAGAAUCCCAUUAAGCAGCGUGUCCAAGAGAAAUUCAAUGCCAUCGAUGUGGAGCAGGUGCUCAAGGUGGCCUUGGAGAAAUACAAGAAAGAUGGCUUGAAUUUCAUCUACGAAUACAAGCUAGAUAAUUUGCAAUUUAACUAAUUAAUUGUUUUUUGUAAAGCUUUCUUUUAUAUAUGUAAAUCUUAAGAGUUUUACUCUGCAAUGUAAGCAUUACUUUGCUAAUUAAAUACAUUCAAAUACAGUUACUCUAGCAAA